GAGAUAUCAGUGGCGGCCGGUGAGCGGUGAGCACAAGUCGUACGAAAAACCGUCACUCACCUUUGAAACUUGAAAAGCUAGAACUUCGUACACGUCUAAAUUAAAGUGUUGACUGUCGACUGUGGUCUUUGUAACCGUUUUUCGAGUCACGAUCUGAUUGGAAAAAUAAAUCAAAUGGAAUCAAACAACGACAUUAAAACAUAUCCAGGAUUUUGUUCUAAAUGUGGUUCAAUACUACCGUCAUUGAGUAUGGAAGAAUUUAUUAAGUGUUAUUCUUGUAAAACAGUUUUUGGGCCAGAAAUUUAUGGGAAUUCUAUUGCUGAAUACAGUAUUAUUUUGAACUCUGUAGAAGAUAUGGAUAAUGUAGUAAAAACUGAACAUAACAAAAACGAUGCGGACGACGGUCCAAUUGCCGAGAGAAGAUGUAGCCAAUGUGGUCACAACCAGAUGUCCUAUGCUGCUGUGCAAUUGAGAUCAGCUGAUGAAGGACAGACUGUGUUUUACACUUGUCUUAACUGCAAAUUCACUGAAUCAGAAAACUCUUAAGACAAUCCCAAAGACCUGGAAUCCAUUUUUGUACAUAACAAUCAAGUUGAAUAAAGUUAUUCUUAUUUUUAAACA